GAGUUUCCAGUCUAUAAAGAUAAAAUUCUAGAAGUAACUAAAAAUACAUAUAAACACUCAUUGUUAUCCACUACUUUUAUCCCCGGAAGAUUGGUGUGGUGGUGCGAGCAUCAACGUAGUCGAAACAUCGGAUGAAGAAGACACAGCUGUAAACCCUAACACCUAUCUUUCUUCUCAAUGGCGGAAUCAACACUCAUGGCGGCUCUCUCUCUAGUAUCCCCCUUUUCCACUAAUUAUAGGCCCCUUUCCUCGCUCUCCACCCGCCGCCUUGUUGUUCCGUCCAGCACCCAUACCAGUUACCCUGUUCGUUCCACCACACACCACCGUAUGCCAUUAUGUUCUUCCUCAAACGCCAGCAGUUCCAUAAUUGAAGACGAUGACGACGACGACGACGACGUUGUUUUGGAUACGGUUGAUGACGUCUCUUUCUCUAAUUUGCCUGACCGGUGGGAUGUUUUAGGUCUUGGCCAGGCCAUGGUGGAUUUUUCGGGUACAGUGGAUGAUGAGUUUUUGAUGAGAUUGGGUUUAGAAAAGGGUACAAGAAAGGUUGUAAAUCAUGAGGAGAGAGGUAGGGUUCUGCAAGCAAUGGACGGUUGCAGCUAUAAGGCGGCUGCUGGUGGAUCUUUAUCGAAUACACUAGUGGCGUUGGCUAGACUUGGUGGUCACCCCAUGAGCGGCGCACCCUUGAAUGUUGCUAUGGCUGGUAGCAUUGGUGGUGACCCAUUGGGUGGGUUCUACAGAACUAAACUCAGACGGGCCAAUGUGAGUUUUCUGUCUGCACCGAUCAAGGACGGGACAACAGGGACAGUUAUAGUUUUAACAACGUCGGAUGCUCAGCGCACGAUGCUUGCAUAUCAGGGCACAUCUUCAUACAUUAAGUAUGACUCGAGUAUGGAGAGCAUAAUUUCCAAGACAAAUAUUCUUGUUAUCGAAGGAUAUUUGUUUGAGUUUCCUGACACGAUCAAGACUAUUAAGAAAAUUUGUCAAGUUGCCCGUGAUAAUGGUGCUUUGGUUGCUGUUACAGCCUCAGAUGUGACGUGCAUAGAGAGACAUUAUGAUGAUUUUUGGGAAAUCAUGGAGAAUUAUGCUGACAUCGUGUUUGCAAACAGUGACGAAGCAAGAACCUUUUGUCAUUUCUCUUCAGGGGAAAGCCCCAUAUCUGCCACGCGGUAUUUAAGUCAUUUUGUUCCUCUAGUUUCCGUGACAGACGGGCAACAAGGGUCAUACAUUGGUGUAAAAGGAGAGGCUUUGUAUAUCCCGCCUUCACCCUGCACACCAGUCGACACAUGUGGAGCUGGGGACGCAUACGCUUCAGGAAUAUUAUAUGGUUUAUUAAGGGGUGCAUCCGAUUGGAAAGGUAUGGGCUCAUUGGCAGCCCGGGUUGCAGCCACAGUGGUUGGGCAGCAGGGAACACGGCUCAGGGUUCAAGAUGCUGCUAGGUUGGCCAAGUCGUUCACAUUCAAUGUCGAGAGCCCAUCACGUCAAUCUGAUGUCGGGUCAGACCAGAUUUCUAGUUUGUAGCGUUGACGGUUCCAAUGUAGCAGUUCAUCCCUCUUUAUUUUUUAUUUAAUUAAGUUUUUAUUUUUAAUUAGGUUGCAAAAAUAUUAUCUAUUGCUUAAGGAUGCUGAUUGUACAUAACAACAAAAAAAAAAAAAAAAGAAAGAAAAAAGUUUAUAAAUUA